UUUUUUUCUCAUUAUUAUCUGUUUUUUUUUUUAUAAAUAACUCCAUCAAAAUGAACGGCACAGAGGGCAACAAUUUCUACGUUCCCUUCUCUAACCGGUCAGGGCUUGUCCGCAGCCCGUUCGAAUAUCCACAGUACUACCUGGCAGCCCCAUGGAAGUUCUUCACGCUGAGUGCCUACAUGUUCCUGCUCAUCUCCUUGGGUCUUCCCAUCAACCUGCUCACACUGGUCGUCACCUUCAAGCACAAGAAACUGAGGCAGCCUCUCAACUUCAUCCUGGUCAACCUGGCGGUGGCCAGCCUCUUCAUGGUCCUCUUUGGCUUCACCAUUACCUUCUACUCAGCCAUGAAUGGAUACUUCGUGUUCGGCCCCACUGGUUGUGCUGUAGAGGGCUUCAUGGCGACACUCGGAGGUGAGGUGGCUCUCUGGUCCUUGGUGGUGCUGGCCAUCGAGCGAUACAUUGUCAUCUGCAAGCCAAUGGGCAGCUUCCGCUUCUCUGGCACUCACGCCUCCAUCGGUAUCGCGUUCACUUGGUUCAUGGCGUUUACCUGCGCAGCCCCGCCGAUUUUCGGCUGGUCCAGAUACAUCCCAGAGGGAAUGCAAUGCUCCUGCGGGCCCGACUACUACACGAUGAACCCUCACUUUAACAACGCCUCUUAUGUCGUCUACAUGUUCUCUGUGCAUUUCUGCAUUCCAGUCGUCAUCAUAUUCUUCUCAUAUGGGCAGCUCAUCUGCAAAGUCAAGGAGGCUGCCGCAGCACAGCAGGAGUCUGCCACCACUCAGAAAGCGGAGCGCGAGGUCACCCGCAUGGUCAUCCUCAUGGUCAUCGGCUUCCUGAUGGCCUGGACCCCCUAUGCUUCUGUGGCGUUCUGGAUCUUCCUGAACCAGGGGGCCGACUUCUCCGCAACUCUCAUGACCAUUCCUGCCUUUUUCUCCAAGAGCUCUGCCUUGUAUAACCCCAUCAUCUACGUGUUGCUGAACAAACAGUUCCGUAACUGCAUGAUCACCACAGUCUGCUGCGGAAAGAACCCGCUUGGGGACGAUGACGUCUCCUCCACAGCGUCCCAGAGCAAGACAGAAGUGUCCUCUGUGUCCUCCAGCCAGGUGUCCCCAGCGUAGACCCCCGGCUCGGCUCCUCCACAUCUCAGGCAUCUUUUACGUAGUGGCUUUCAAUUUCCAUUUUUUCACAGUAUUUGCAUGAACUGAGACAUUACUGAUUCGUAAUCCAUAAAAGACCGUAAUUCAGAAACAGUGCAGAAGUUCUGUUAGGGUAUUGAUCUUUCUGCUUUUGAUAAACUUCUAAAGUCUCUACCUUAGUCUAGAAGGCUUGUAUUGCUACACUGCUAAUGGGGCUGGAUUCUGCAUGCUCACAUCUGGUCUUGUUCAGGAACUAUUCAAUCCAGGGUUAUUUUUUAUUUUUUUUUUUUUUUUUUUUUUUUUUUUUGCACGUUCUUGCUGCUCUGAGAAAGAGCCCCCUUUUCAAAAAUCUGCAAAAAAAUUGAAAGGUGAUUAAAAAAGAAACAGAAAAAGAGCCUCAGUUUUAUUUCAUUGGGCUUUGUUUUGUUGCUCACUCAGUACAGGAAUUGAACGCUUCUUCACAAACUGCUCUUUGUAUACUAAAUGUAUGCCGCUCUAUUGAAUCAGCAAGCAGUCACAAAACAAAGCCUCAUAGAGAUCAUAGAUCGCCACAUAGGAUUAAAAGACAAAAACAACCGUGUAGUUUGUAUGUUCUUAAAAAUAAAUGUAUGGAAGGUGUAAUCGUCAAUGCUGAACUAAGUGGAACUCUUAUCUGAUAAGGAUCUCUGAAAUAUUUUAUAUUAAUGCAUUUAGUGACUGUGUCACAUAAAACAGACGAGUAGUUCACACAGAGUGCUCUAGAAAAUAAAUCCAGUGAA